GGGGCUAAGCCACAACUCUCUUUCUGGGUGGCUGCCAGGCUUUUUAACUCGACUCUCCAACCUUGCCAUCUUAUCCCUGAGCUACAACAGUUUUACAGGACCCCUGCCCGAUUUUCUCUCCCAGCUGCGACGACUGUCACAACUGUACCUGGACUACAAUAGGCUGCAAGGAAGCAUCCCCUCAUGGAUUGGAGCCCUCUCUCAGCUGCGCAUCCU